AGGAGGAGGAGGGUGAUUUUCAUGCUGUCAGUAUUAUCACAGGAAACACAGACGGUUGCAAACACUGCAACACAACCAAAAGGAGGAACUGGUCCAGAGAAGAGUUUUCAUUUCACAGACAGUUUCAGGAUUCAGGAUCGACAGGAUGAGAAUAUUUCUCCUUCUGCUCCUCUCACUGGUGACAGGUGCUGACGCCUCGUCUACAGUGACAGGAUGCCAAGAUGGAUGGAUUGAUUUUACCUGCCAAAAUCCCAAUGGAAACGACUAUCACACUGUCAGUGUGAUGAAUCAAUCAAAAACAAUGAAAAUAAGUUCUAAAAGUUAUCAGUGGGAAAUCAAAGACAGAGUGUCCAUGUACCAUGACAAAAAUAAAGGAAAUCUGAGGGUGUUUAUCAAACAGCUUCAACAGGAGGAUGAUGGGCAGUGGAAGUGUAAAUUUGGCAGUAGAAAUUCCCCUGACACCCUGGACCUAAAGGUAGAGACAGAUGAAUCUGAGUGCCAGGUACCGUACGUCCAAACAGCGUACAAAAAAGCUAAAACCACCAUCACAUGUGAAUACCCCGAAGACAAAAAUGAGUCUGAAGUCCAGAUUUUCUGUAAAGAGAGAGGCUCCAUCUGUGAGGAUAUUUUAUCCACAGAAUCUGGGGGGUCAAACGGGUCGUUCAGCCUCAUAGAAACUGAUAAAGGCUUCAACGUGUCCAUCAGUGACAUCAACUCAGAGCAUGGUGGUGUUUACUGGUGUGGACUGAAGUCUGGAGAUGGACGUUAUCGAGCUGGAGUCAGCAAAAUACAACUAAAGAUUCAAAAUGUUACUGACUUCAAAAAGCGUUCAACAGUCGGGGAAACUUUAGAUUUCUUUUUUAGAUAUUCAGCAGAUGAAUCAGAGAAAUUUGUCUGUAAAGGAGAAGAUCCUUCUCUGUGUCAUCCUCUCAUAAGCACCACAGAUAAAAACUCCAGUGGAAGGUUUACCAUGAGAGUUGACAAAAAGGAGAAUAAAAUCUUGGUAACCGGGACAGCGGUGAAUCUAAAAGACAAUGGUACGUAUGGGUGUGGAGAAAAGAGCACUGAUGGAACAAAGAGCCACACGUUCACUCACAGGAUGCUGCUGACUGUUGUACCAUCAUCACCAUCUUCAUCUCCUGGUCCUACAACUCAGCUGACUCCUGUCCCACCUGAGGAUCAUGGGAAGAGAGGAGGUAAGAUCAUUGUGACCUGCAGGAAGAGUCCAGAUGUUUAA